AUGAACGACACACACUUUACCGUCCAGGCCUCUGCGCCGCACACUCACACCGUCGUCUUUCUCCAUGGACGCGGCGGCUCCGCAAGGACUCUAGCCCAGUCACUUCUUUACUCCAAGCACAGCGACGGCCGCACUCUUUUCGCCAUCUUUCCAUCCUUCCGCUGGGUUUUCCCGGAAGCGAACAAGAACGAGUGCGCAGCUUUCCCGGGCCAGUCGAUGCAGCAGUGGUUCGACAUUUGGAAUGUCCAAGACUUCUCCAACCGCGAGGAGCUCCAAGCUGUCGGCCUGCGUAAGAGCGUCGGCCUGAUCCGCGGUGUCAUCGCCGACGAGGCGCGCGCGCUGGGAGGGCGCUAUGAUCGCGUUUUCCUCGCCGGCAUCAGCCAGGGAGCUGCAACAUCAGUGCACACGCUGCUCAAUCUCAACAUCCCGCCACCGGCUGAAGGUGGUGCAAGCCGCGGCCUCGCCGCCUUUCUUGGGUUUUCUUGCCGGAUGCCAUUCCCGGGCAGAACCCUGUCAGAUACUCGCAAGAUACUUGGUCUUGAUGAUGUACCCAGCGACGACGUCACCAUCAAAAAUACACCUAUUCUCCUCGAGCACUGCAUUGAUGACCCACUGGUUCUGGUCGGCAACGGUCGUGUCUUGAGAGAUACCCUCCGUGGUUUUGGGGCUACGGUUCACUGGCUGGAGUAUCCCGAUGGCGGCCACUGGUUCAACUCUCCAGCCGGCAUUACCGAUGCUGCGGCCUUCUUGACACAUAUAAUCAAGUCGCAGGGCUUUGAGGGGCUAAACGCAGUUGACAGCGUCAAGAUCGACAAGCGCCCGUAG